UUCUAGAAACCUCAACGGAGCCCGCGUCUUUUGUGAUUGCCUAUUAAAUGCCAACCGACCCUCAUUACUUUGUCCUAGUUUGAAAUCUCUCUUCAUAUCCAUCCCACCAUGGCAGAUGUAGAACCGAACGUCGCACAAGAACCUUCGGCAGGCAGCGAAGCCGCCCCUGCGCCGGUCGCAGUGUUCAAGCGUCGCGGUGCAAAAGGCAAGGCUAACAUCCGGAAGAGGCCAGCGACACCACCACCUGCAAACAGCGACUCCGAUUUAGACUACUCCUCCUCAGAAGACGAAGCAGGGCAGCGCAUCAAACGGCGCAAGAAGAACACGGGCACCGUGACAGCGUCGUCCAGGAACAACGCCGCCAAACCCCAAGACCUUUCCGCCACCACGUUUUCCGCAGACCGCAGCGUUCCCAUCUCCAGCGCAAAUGAUGCCACCAAGGCGAGCAACUGGUACGACGAGGACGCCAACGGCGCCUUGUCGGCGAAGAACCUGUUGGGUAGCACGCGGUCCAGCGCGAACCAGUCCGACGCGCCGGAUGGAACAUACAGGGGACUCGCAAUCCAGACGUCCUUUGUCAAGAAGAACCCGGAUGCUCCGAAUCGCUCCUUCGGGCCCAUCAAGGCGCCUACAAAUAUUCGAACCAUUACUGUUACAGAUUAUGCUGCAGAUACCUGCAAGGAUUACAAACUAACAGGGUUUUGCGGAUUUGGAGACUCAUGCAAGUUUGCACAUUCCCGCGAAGAUUUCAAGCAAGGAUGGCAGCUCGACAAAGAAUGGGAGAAUGUCACCAAGGGAAAGAAAAACUUGGGCGGAACCGUGGUGGCGAGCGCGAACAAGAGCAAGGUGGCCAAUGCCGUCGACGACGAAGACGACGACGAGGCUAUGCUUGAAAACAUCCCCUUCGCAUGCAUCAUAUGUCAGGAACCAUACAAGUCGCCCGUUGUCACGAGAUGUGGGCACUACUUCUGCGAGCCUUGCGCUCUCAAGAGAUUUAGGAGGGAUCCGAAGUGUGCUGCCUGCGGGAGCGGUACGAACGGUGUGUUCAAUUCUGCGUCCAGGCUGAAGAAGCUUCUAGAGAGGAAGAGGGAAAGAGAAGCGAGGAAACGUAGAGAAGCUAUCGAGGCGGGAGAGGAGGUCAGUGACGAGGACGAGGGGCAGAAUUCCGAAUAAUAUGAAUGGCAAGCUGGCAAGCUAGCUGGCUAGCUGUGUAUGAAUGACUAUUCAGCGCAGUCUUUGAUGAAUAUUGAAUAUUAUCUUAAUGAGCUAGCUGUUUUGGUUGAAUUGACGGGAGCGUGCUUAUAGGGAGCGUUGAUUCAGGAAAUAUAUAAUCGUAUUAUGUAUAAAAGAGAAAGAAAAAGGGGGCGGGUAUACGUGUCCAAAAUAUAUCUACCA